UUCCUCUCGAAUAACAACCUAUAGACUCAAUUUUUGCGAAAAUAUUUAGGAAAUUUUUAUUUUUAACUUUAAUUUUUUAAAUUUGUUUCAUUUUUUGUAAAGAGUAAUUUUCUUUUACAAUUUAAAAUAAGAUUUGCAAAGUUUUAAAUUUCUUAUUUUCCCGCUCGCAGAGAAUAAAAGAAAAUUUAAGAAAUGACUGAUUUAUUGCUGAUGCUGAUAACAAUAUUAGUGUCCGGUUCAAGGACCUCUGAUGGAUGGCCUUUCCCUCAAGCUAGUGUCCUUGACAAUGGCCUUGAAAAUACGGACGGUAUAGUCUCCUAUUUGACACGAUUGGGGGAAAAUUUAUUUGGCGAGCCGAGUCCAGAGAGCGGUAAUCGUGUCGCCAAAUGGAAUGCGGAAAUGAAUGUAAAUCCCGAAGAACUUGGAGAAUACAUUGAGGGCGAUAUUCUAUUUCCCAGUGCAAUGGGACGCAAUGGUCUCAAACCAACUUCGGCCCGUUGGCCAAAUGGAGUCAUACCCUACAUGAUCAGUCCCUAUUUCAAUAAGGAGCAGCGUGCUUUGAUUCAAGAGGCAAUGGAUGAUUAUCAAAAAGACACUUGUAUUCAAUUUAAACCAUAUACUGGCGAGGAGAGUGAUUAUAUUCGAAUAACAGCUGGUAAUACUGGUUGUUGGAGUAGUGUGGGAAAAAUUGGUGGGCGUCAGGAUAUGAAUCUACAGGUACCAGGUUGUGUCACGAAGAAAGGAACAGUAAUACAUGAAUUAAUGCACGUCAUCGGAUUUUUGCAUGAACAUAGUAGAUACGAGAGAGACGAUUUUGUCAGCGUACAAUGGCGUAAUAUUCAAACUGGACAUGAAAAAAAUUUCGAAAAAGCUUCGAGGAAGACAACAGAUGCCUUUGGAGUUCAUUAUGAUUAUGGCAGUGUCAUGCACUAUUCAUCUGGUGCAUUUUCAAAAAAUGGACAACCAACUCUUAUUCCAAGGGGAACAGACACCAAAGAAAUAGGACAACGAGUUGGAUUUAGUAAAAAAGAUAUUCAAAAAAUUCGCCGAAUGUACAAGUGUGCAAUAAGCAAGAGGAGUUUCAGUUUGAGUGAUUUUUUUUUCUUUUGACAUUUAAAGAACAAUUUUAAUAUUAAGUUUAAUAGAAUAUUCAUUUAAUUAUUUAAUGCCAAAGAAUGAAAAAUCGUUUGUAAACUAAUUAUGUUAAUCGCUGAACAUAACAAUAUUGUUUAAAGUCAAGGAAUUUCUCAUUUUUUUAUCUUUAAUAAACACUUAACGAAAUUCUUUCAAAAAAUAAUAAUAGUACGCGUCUUAUGCAAAAUUUUA